AUGAAGAAGGAGCAGCAGCUGGAGCAGCAGCAGCAACUGGAGCAGCAACAACGACAGCAGCAGCAGCAGCAGCAGCAACAGCAGCAACAGCAGCAACAUGCGCGGCUGACCAAGAACAAACCCUCUAAUCUCCGCAGCAGCAGCCGCAGCAGCAGCAGCGGCAACAGCGGCAGCAGCAGCAGCAGCAACUCCCGUAGCUGCAGCAGCAGCAAUCUGCUGCAACCUUUUGUCCUUUAUACAGAAUACUCGCAGCUGCUAAUUGCUGCGGCUGUUGCUGCAGCUGAGCUGCACGCCAUGCACACCUGCUGCAGCAGCAGCAGCAGCGACAGCAGCAGCAACAGCAGCAGCAACAGCAGCAGCAACAGCAGCAGCAGGAUGCCUCUGCCUCAGAGAGACUGCAGUUGUCUCUCUCACACGAGCUCUGUUGUCCUUGCUGCGCUGCAGCGCAGCAGCGUUGCUGCUGCCAGUAGCAGCAGCAGCAACGGCAAUGGAAGCAGCAGCAGCAGCAGCGCAGCAGGUUCCUCUCAGUCGAGAGUGUCCCCUUCGAGGCCUGUCUAUGGAGAAGCAGCAGGCCCCGCUGCGCUGACUGCCAGCAGCAGCAGCAGAGGCAGACGAAGCAGUAGCAGCAACAGCAGCAGCAGCAGCAGCAGCAGCAGCCAUUUGCUGUCUGAUGAGUUCAACAGACAGCCGCCGCAGCAAGACAAAUAUGUUAGGGGCUCCAGCAGUCCCUUCCCCAGUCUUCCUGGCGUAGACUCCUCAGCAGCAGCAGCAGCAGCACUAGCAGCAGCAGAAGGCCCAGGAGCAGCAGCAGCAGCAGCAGCAGCAGCAGGUGUAUCACCCGCAGGCAGAUACGGGGGGAGCCGCCACCGCCUUGACAACAGCAGCAGAGAAGACAUAGCUGAGAACAGUUUUGUUUUUUCUUCAUUUGCUGCUGCAGUCUUGCGUCGGUCGGCUCCCCCAAAUGCAGCAGCAGCAGCAGCAGCAGCAGCAGCAGCAGCAGCAGCUGUUGCUGCUGACCCGGCAUGUGCUGAAAUGAACGCAGGCGUAUUGCGCAGUACCAGCAGCAGCAGCAGCAGCAACAGCAGCAGCAGUUGCAGCAACAGCAGCAGCAGCAGUAUGAUGGUUGGGAUGAUGCGGCGUCGUGGCUCUGUGCGCAGCAGCAGCGAAGACAGCAGCAGUUGCAGCAGCAGCAGCAGCAGCAGCAGCAGCAGUAGCAGCAGCAGCAGGAGUAUUCGUCGGAGCUCCAGUUCGUACUUGAGGGAGGCAGUGCAUUUAAAGCUGAGGUGUACAGACAGUGCAUUGUUAGAAGCAGCAUUGUUUGAUUGCUACAGCAGAUUUGUAGCUCUGCUUCCUUCAGACAUUUUAAGCGACUCUCUGCAUUUAUAUUUUAUUAUUCAGGAAGCAUGGUGGUGGUAUACAGAUAUUUGGCUCCAGCGAUAUAAUAAGCAGCUAAUUUAUUUGUCGCUUCGAGACUUCGGCUUGCUGCUGCUCUCUCAGUCCCUGCUGCUGCAGCUCUUCGUCCCGCUGCAGCAGCACGACAAGUCCUUGUUAGAUUGGCUGUCGUAUUGCAAACUUAUACCACUAAGAGGGGCUAUUAUCCUUAAUCAAGAUCUCUCCAAGUGUCUCCUUGUUACUGGGUGGAGCGGCAGCAGGUGGCAGUUCCCUCGAGGCAAAGUCGAUGAAGGAGAAGCAGAUGAGUGCUGCGCAUGCAGAGAAGUUAGAGAGGAGACAGGUUUGAUGAUAUAUGCUUUGCUGCAGCAGCAAAUGUUUAUUGCUUCUUCAGUUAAAGGUCAAUCUCUCAAGCUCUUUAUUGUCCCAGGGGUCUGCGAGCAGCAGCAGCUCCAACCUCAAAAGCGAAAAGAAGUCGGACGGAUUCGCUGGUUCCCUCUCUCUCAGCUGCCGGGCUACAGCAGCAGCAGCAGCAGCAGCAGCAGCAGCAGCAGUAGUAGUAGUAGUAGUAGUAGUAGUAGUAGCAGUAGUAGUAGUAGUUCUAGUGGUAGGCGCACCCUGCAGCAGCAGCAGCAGCAGCAGCAACAGCAGCAGCAGCAGCAACAGCAGCAGCAGGCGAGGUUCUAUCAGGUGCAGCAGUUCGUACCGAACCUUUUAAAGUGGGUAGAGAUCCUUAAAGCUUCUGCUGCUGCUGCUGCUGGAGGGGAAGGAGAAGCAGCAGCAGCAGCAGCAGCAGAUGGUGAGAGCAGCGGUAAACGCAAACAGCAGGCUGAGGCUUUGCUGCGUGCUAUAGGCGCCAAGACAUCCAGCAGCAGCAGCAACAACAACAACAACAGCAGCAGCAGCAGCAGCAGCAGCAGCAGCAGCAGCAACAUUUCAAGGGGUUGUCAGUACGCGCUGCCACCGCUGGAUGCGGAGACACUCCGCUUGCUGCAGUUUGUAGAAGAGGACCCGUCUGCUGCUGCUGAUGAAACAGCAGCAGCAGAUUAUGCUGAACAGCAGCAGCAGCAGCAGCAGCAGCAGCAGCAGCAGUACGUUAGCUGCAACACCGUUGUAGCGUCUGCUCGACGCAACAGCUUCAGCUUCACCAGCAGUAGCAGCAGCAGCAGCAGCAGCAGCAGCUUGGAGACCUGCCACGUGUAUCAUAGCACAACCCAAUCAGCAGCGUCUGCUACUGCAGGUAGGCGAUCUGCUGCUGCUGCUGCUGCUGCUGCUGCUGCUACAGGCCGCGGACCAGCAGCAGCAGCAACAGCAGCAGCAGCAAAUGAGGGAAUAUGGCAGCGACCUCACAGCCCGUCCUACCGUCCUGCUGCGCACCUCCAUCAGCAGCAUCAUCAUCAUCAUCAGCAGCAGCAGCAGCAACAGCAGCAGCAGCAGCAGUUGCGUGCUGCUGCGAAGGCCCGCAACCGCAGCACAUUUGGUGCAGUUGAGGGUUUUCGUUGGUCUCCAGCGGAAAUGUUUGCUGCUAAUGAGAAGCUGUUCGGCGUUACAUCAACAUACACCCCAGAUGCAUAUACGACGCCCCUAUACACACCGCAGCAGCAGCAGCAGCAGCAGCAGCAGCAGAAGCUGCAGCAGCAACAAAUGCAGCAACACAUACAGCAGCGGGAAAAACAACAACAACAACAACAACAACAACAACAACAACAACAGGUGCUGCAACAGCAGCAGGAGCUGCAGCAGCAACAGCUACAACACCAGCAGAAACUGCAGCAGCAGCAGCACCACCACCACCAUGGUACGGGGAGGGCAGCUGAGGGAGACCGAAGCAGCAAGCCGCAAGACAGCACGUGCGGCCGGUCGCAGCAGCAGCAGCAGCAGCAGCAGCAGCAGCAACAGCCAGCCCAUAGCGGGAGCAGCAGCAGCGGCAGCAGCAGCAGCAGCAGUGCAGCGCCGUCUUCAGUAGGUACUGGAGGGAAGCAUUUGACGGGCUCUGCUGCUGCCAUAUAUAGAGAGCUGCAGCUGCAGCAGCAGCAGCGACAGCAGCCGCAGCAGCAGCAGAGACAGCAGCAGCAGCAGCAGCAGCAAUCGCUUCGGCGUGCUUUGCUGGAAGCAGGUGGGAGGAGCCGUCAGCGAAUUCGCACACCGUUGCUGCAGCCGCCCGCAGCAGCAGCAGCAGCAGCACCACCCUUUCAGCAGCAGCAACAGCAGCAACAGCAGCAGCAGCAGCAACAGCAGCAACCUUCUUCUUGUGUGCGCGCAUGCACUCCUUCAUGCGUGCCUCCCCCGGAGUACAUGCAGCAGAAGGAGCUGCAGCAGCGGCUGCAGCAGCAGUUGCUGCUGCAGCAGCCACGAAGCCGCGGCAGCAGCAGCACCCCUCGCAGCGCCGCCUCUUGUACGAAUCGCAGCAACCCCACAUCUUCUGCUGCUGCUUCUGCCAGCAGCAGCAGCAGCAGCAACAGCAGCAGCAGUAGCAGUAGUGAGUGGUGCUGCAGCAGAAGUGCAUUAGAUGUUGCUAUAGGUGCACUGUCUCCUCCUCCGGCACCCUAUUUAUGUGCUGCUGUGUCCCCAAGCGAUUUAAGUGAGUGCGGGCCUAUAGGAGACACUUCUUCUGUCUCACUGCCUUCAAUUCAGUCGCUGCUGUCUGCACAUGAAGUGCUGCAGACAGAGGCAGAUGAAGCUGCUGCUGCUGCUGCUGCUGGAGGAGAAGGGCUGCUUAGGGCUGCGUCUUGGGCUGCUGCAACUGCACCUGCUUCUGCUGCUGCACCGAGUGUUGUUGUAAAUGCAGCACAUACACACAGUCAUACGUGUUGCUGCAGCAGCAGCAGCAGCAGCAGCAGCAACAGCAACAGCAACAGCAACAGCAGCUGCUGCUGCAGCAACAGCAACAGCAGCACAUUCGCUGAUGAUGAUUUCGAGGCCUCAAGGGACUCGCAGCAGGCCCUGCGCGAGCCUGCUGCAAGAGACACAGCAGCAGCAGCAGCAGCAGCAGCAGCAGCAACAACAACAGCAGCAACAGCAGUGGAUUAA